CACCUGAAAAGUAGUGUAGACAUAUUCCUGUCAUCUUUCACAGCGCACUGCACACUUCACAGUUUCACACAGAAAAACACUGAUUAUUCAUUAUCAAGAAUGACUAAAACCCUUCCCAUAGGUAAUGAAUCAGUAACCAGUUGACGAGGCAAAUUUACCCAGUGUGCAAAAGGGACAUCAAAAUCAGCCUUGAGGGAAAACAAAGAUUUGCAAAGUCUGUUUUCAGUAAGAUUACCAGAACUAAAAGAGGACACAUUCACUCUGUACGAACCCACAGUGGUUUUUUUUUUUUUUUGUCCUUAACGCAGAAGCCCUGAUCUAGAUUAUAUAAGGAAGCUGAAAAGGACUCUGCUAAUAUUUAUUUCUGCACUGUGAUGGACAGGCUUGACCUCCAUUCAGCUCCAUCCACCACUGACACCAUCCUGCAGGGUCCCAGCACCGCUCUUACAAAUAAUAUUUACGCUGCUGUUAUUAAGGUGUUCAAGGGAGAGGAACUACAGCCGAAUGAACUGUACAGCUUGAAUGAAAAUACUAGGUAUAAACUAAACAAGAUGCAAUAUCUCAUUUUAAAUGAAUGUGUAAUAACUACAUUAAGCAGCUAUUUGCUAUCACCCAUGCAGGUGGCUUCUGAGGACAGAUAUGGGGUACUUUAUCAAAGAAUAUUUUCAGGUGCUUUAGUGUGUCAGAGCCCUGGUGUUCUUCGUCUGGUAAAACAAGUAAAAAAUAAAUGCAUUACUAGGAAAAGAAAAAAACAUGCUAAUAUUGCUUCAUGUGAUUAUUUGCAGAAUCAGACUUUGACCAAAGGUCUAUCAAUCAUUUUGGAUGAGAUUCAGAAGCAUGAAGGAGAGAGACAGCUGUUUGUUUUGGCCCAGGUGUGGGAUAGGUUUUUCACAGAGAUUCUGCCAACGCUGCAGGCUAUUUUAUAUCCUCUGCAGGGGCAGGAGUUGACGGUGAGACAGAUGGCUCUUCUAGGUUUCAGGGAUCUGGUCCUAUUGAAGCUCUCUCUGGGUGACCUGCUGUGCAAGGAUCUGUCUCUCAUCCCAGCAUGCAUCACACAAAUGCUACUUGUGCUACAGGGAAUUCAGGAAUCCAGAGGCCCAUCAAAGCAAUAUUGCCAACUUGAGAGUCUGGUGGCGCUAGUGGUCAGACCCUACUUAUGGAACUGCAGACACACAACCUGCACUGAACAAAGCACCAAAACAGCACAAGUGACUCAUCCUGAGAUAAGGAUUACUCAUCACAUCUCUGAAGACUCUCUGCUGUCCCCUGUAGUAGAACAGGAAGGGGAGAUGUACCUCGAGCGAGUGGGAAACCUACGACGCCACAGUGUGACAAAUGCUCAUUCAGACAUUCAGCUGCUCACUGUUACCAGUAGAAUUUACACUGGGGUGGACGACAGCUGCCAAACCAUGGAAAGAAAGACAGAAACUAUCUGACAUUCAAUAAUUUAUAAAGACAAACAU